CGGUUUUGAUCAAUCAUCUAAAAUCUAACAAUAAUAUAGUACUGAAUAAAACCCGGUAUGACUCGUACUGAGUCGUUCUCCUCCACCCACUCUCCACAGUCUCUCCUCAACCGACGAAAUUAUUAUUUCUUCUCCUUCACGCUCAAUCUCACCACUUUAUCCAUUCACUACUCAAUGUAGUUUGAUUGAUUAACCCCUAACGACAAUCUUCUUACUGUUUGAUCUCUAUCUCUUUCUUAAGCAAUGGAGCGUAGAGAAGACGAAGAAGACCACCACCAUUUGAUCCCUCAAAACGACACUCGCAGCAGCCGCCACCGAGAAGAAGAUCCGCCCUCCUCCGCCGCAAACGGGAGAUCAUCUCUCCAGAUCGAAGACAUUCUCUCGCAGUCGCGGAGGAAGAUCUCUCUCAACAAGCGCAGUUGCUACGUCCUCGCCGCCGCCGUGGCACUAACAAUCUCAAUCGGUCUCAUCUUCCUAUUCACCGAUCUCCGUCAGCUGAACCUCUCCAGUUUCAAGGUGGAUCCACUCUCGACCCGCGUCAAAGAAUCCGAGCUCCGCGCACUCUACCUCCUCCGACAGCAACAGCUCCAGCUCCUCUCUAUCUCCAACGCAAACUCUUCAGAUGUGAAACUCGCUGUCUCGUUGAAUAAAGAGAUCCAGGACGCGCUUCUGUCGCCGCACAGAACCGGAAACUACUCCGAACCGGAACCCGGUUCGGUUGUGGUUAACCCGUACGGUGGAUGCGCGAAGGUGGAUCAGAAGCUGUCGGAUCGGAAAACGGUUGAGUGGAAACCGAGAUCGGACAAGUUUCUGUUCGCGAUAUGUCUGUCGGGACAAAUGAGCAACCACUUGAUUUGUUUAGAGAAACACAUGUUCUUUGCUGCCUUGCUGGACCGGGUUCUAGUAAUCCCGAGCUCCAAAUUUGAUUACCAGUACGAUAGAGUGAUAGACAUUGACCGGAUCAACACUUGUUUGGGAAGAAACGUCGUCGUUUCGUUCGAUCAGUUUAAAAAGAAUCGUGCUCCUCGUCCUCCUCGUAUCGACCGUUUCAUAUGUUACUUCUCGUCGCCGCAGCUUUGCUACGUAGACGAUGAGCAUGUGAAGAAGCUGAAAGGCUUGGGGGUUUCCAUCGAAGGGAAGCUCGAGUCUCCUUGGAGCGAAGAUAUAAAGAAACCUAGCAAGAGAACUGUGGACGAGGUGAAGAGAAGUUUCAAGUCUGAUGAUGAUGAUGUGAUCGCGAUUGGGGAUGUUUUCUAUGCUGAUAUGGAGCAGGACUGGGUGAUGCAGCCUGGUGGACCUAUUAAUCACAAGUGCAAGACCUUGAUUGAACCCAGUAAGCUUAUUUUGUUGACAGCUCAGCGGUUCAUACAGACCUUCUUGGGGAGCAAUUUCAUCGCCAUUCAUUUCCGUCGACAUGGGUUUCUCAAAUUUUGCAAUGCAAAAGCGCCGAGUUGCUUCUAUCCGAUUCCACAAGCGGCAGAGUGUAUUGCUAGGAUGGUGGAAAGAUCCAACGGUGCAGUAAUCUAUCUUUCGACAGAUGCUGCGGAAAGUGAAACAAGUCUGCUUCAGUCACUUGUUGUGGUCGAUGGAAAAAUUGUGCCACUUGUUAAACGUCCACCGCGUAAUUCAGCUGAGAAAUGGGAUGCAUUGUUAUAUCGACAUGGUAUAGAGGAUGACUCUCAGGUGGAUGCAAUGCUGGAUAAAACGAUAUGUGCCAUGUCCAGCGUCUUCAUUGGAGCCUCUGGAUCGACUUUCACGGAGGAUAUCUUGAGGCUAAGGAAAGAUUGGGGGACGUCUUCUACGUGCGAUGAGUACUUAUGUCGAGGGGAAGAACCAAACUUCAUAGCAGAAGAUGAAUAGUGUGAAUCGAUAGAAGAAAGAGCCUCGGUUUCUCAACAAGUGAUACAUAUAUUAUAUAAAGUUUUCUCAAACCAAAUGUAUUGUUUUUGUCUCUCUUCAAGCAUUUUAAAGACUUCUAGACAAUAAAAUUGCUGCUUUUUCCCCGCUGCCUUUA